GUCACAGGCAGAUGCUUCGGUGACAAGGACUUCAGGGGAGGCCUGGAGAAUGGGAUCCUGCUGUGCGAGUUGCUGAGCUCCAUCAAACCUAGCGUGGUGAAGAAAAUCAACAGAUUACCCACUCCCAUCGCUGGCCUGGACAACCUGAGUGUGUUCCUGCGUGGCUGUGAGGAGCUGGGACUGAAGGGCUCUCAGCUGUUUGACCCCGGGGACCUGCAGGACACCUCGACACGCCCCAAAGCCAAGGUUGCCGACUCCAGCAGGAAGCUGACGAAUGUUUUGAUUACCAUAUACUGGCUGGGCCGGGCUGCCAACAGCUGCACCUCCUAUAACGGGCCCACACUUGACCUGAAGGAGUUCGAAGGCCUGCUGUCACAGAUGCGAAAGGAGGCGGAGGAAACGGAGAGCCCCCAACGCAGCAUACGGGACAGCGGCUACAUUGACAGCUGGGACUCGGAGCGCAGCGACUCGCUCUCCCCACCUCGCCACGGCCGAGAGGACUCCUUCGACAGCCUGGACUCGUUCGGGUCACGCUCCAGACAGACGCCCUCGCCGGACGUACUGGUCACCCGCGGCAUCGGCAGUGAUGGCCGCGGCAGCGACUCAGAGUCCGACGUCGGACCCCACGGGGGCAGGAAGCUGCCGGACGUGCGCAAGGAUGACAUGCUGGCACGGCGGACCUCGGUGAGCGAGCCCAGAGUGAUGGUGCCCUUCAACCAGUACCUGCCCAACAAGAGCAAUGCCAGUGGCUACGUGCCCACACCGCUGCGCCGGAAGAGGGGCGACCGUGAGGGUCGGGAGGAGGACGGUGGCAGAGGGGGCGGGGGCGGCCGCAAGAGCUGGAGUACCGCCACCUCGCCCAUAGGAAGCAAUAGACCCUUCAGAUUCAGUCACAGAGCUGCUAGUAUAUCAGAUGAUCCAGAGAGUGUGAGUAUGAUUGACAUGCGCUGUGAGGAUGACGCCAGCUUGCCGCAACACAGCCAGGUGCGCCACGAGCUCAUGCACAACCAGUACAACAUGAUGAAGGAGGAAGAGGACCACUGGCAGGACGACCUAGCCCGGUGGAAGAGUCGCAGGAGAAGCGUCUCCCAGGACCUGAUCAAGAAGGAGGAGGAGAGGAAGAUGAUGGAGAAGCUGAUGACGGGCGAGGGAGGGGCCAUUUCUCAGAGGAGGAAGAGUAUCAAGACCUACCGGGAGAUCGUGGAGGAGAAGGAACGUCGUGAGAACGAGCUCCGCGAGGCCUACCAGUCGGCCCGCACCCCUGAGGAGGCAGCGUCGGUCCUCCACCGCUACGCCCAGCGCUUCACCAUCAGCGAAGCGGUGCUGGAGCGCCUGCAACUGCCCAAGCUGCUGGACAGGAGCGUCUCUGAAGAUCCCACCACUGCCGCCAGCACACGUCUCCCCCUCACCCCCACCUCCCGUUCUCCCAACUCAACCGGCCCGGAAGAAGAUCCAAAUGGUCCUCUGAAGUACCUGAGGCAGCAGUCGCUCCCGGCACCCAAGUUUACUGUCACCGUCGAGGCCCAAGUGGCGGGGUUCCCCCAGGGUCAGUCUCAUCGCCCCCAGAUUCAGUCACGCACUCCUGAACCAAACCCCUCUAUCCAGGCUGCCUCGCCUAAAUCUGUUCCUUUGCUGACGCCCAAGCCUUACAUCCAAUCCAAGGGCACGCAGAUGCUGGCGGGACCCAAGCCAGGCAAGGUGGACGGCUUGCUGCGAGUGAACGGCGACAUGGGAAACGAUGAGGUCACCACUCCAGAGAGCGACGGAAGAACCUCCCCUGUACGGUUCUACCCUUCCACUGCCACGCCUACAGCCUCCUCCGACCCUUCCGACACACCCCCAUGUGUGGCCACUCCCCCACCCACACAUAGCCCCUCCCCCAGGGCGAGCCCAUUAACAGCCAUGACAACUGUGGCACAGGGUGGCACAAGCACCGCAGUGCCACCUUCUUCAGUGCCAGGAGAAGGUGAUGCCCAGGAGAAGAGUAACGCACAGGAGUCCAUCCCACCUAGCCGGCCCACCUCACUGCCCUCGGAGCUGCAGAGCACAGAGAGCAUUGUGGAGGCGGGAGGCAGGUCUGCUGCAGGCCCACUGAAGGAUGGGGAGCCCAACACAGCAGCGGCUGCAGUACAGUCCUCUCCAGCUACAGAGUCACAACACGCUACCAAGGAACAAACAGAAGUGUGUACGAAUGCCACAGCGACCAGACCGAAUGCCACAGUCCCCUGUCCUGUUCAAUCAGAGCACGCAACACAGCAAGCUCAGCCAAUGACUGCACAGGUCAGUGAGCCCAGCCUGGAAUUGUCUCAGAGUGCAGAGGAAGUUGCUGCCUUGGCUGAUCCAGGACCUGUCAGAAACAAACCGCCAUGUGAGGCACCCACAACAGAGGGGGAAGAGCCGAAGCGUGGGAAAGUGCCGGUCACUCAGGUGUCAUCCCCGGUAGUGAUUCAGGCAAAGCGGGGUGACCGCUGGGCUUGGGACCCAGAUGAGGAGCGAAAGCGUCAGGAAAGGUGGCAGCAAGAGCAGGAGCGCAUGCUUCAGGAGAAGUACCAGCGUGAGCAGGAGAAGCUGAAACAGGAGUGGGAGCGAGCGCAAAGAGAGGUGGAAGAGGAGGAGAGGCGGUACCAUGAGGAGGAGCGCAGGAUACUAGAAGAGACUGUGGCCCCCCUGACCCCCCCCUCCUGCAACUUGCCCUCCCCCAUCCGGGGUGACGCCCCCACACCAACGGACCCCCAGGACACCAUCGUCCGGUCGCUGGCCGACUGGGAACGCAAGCAGGAGCUGCUGGAGAGGCAGGGGGGGAACACAGAGAGUGUGGAAUGGAAACGACAAGACAACGACAGGAGUAGUGACAUCAGCACAGCGUCCAGAGAUGAGAGCCUGAAAACAGCAGUUAGCUCGAUCAGCCAGAACAGCAGUCAGACAGACAAGCUGGCUCCGAGUCUGAAGAACGGUCAAAGAGCACCACCCGCCAUGGCCCUGCCCCAGCCCCCCAACAAGAAACAACAUCCAGAGGUCUUACUAGACUGCACCAAACCCAGCCAGCAGACGCCCUCUCGGGACAGGAGGUGUGGCUCUAUUGAAACCAUGGGGCCCAGUCCAUUAAAGUCACCCACCACAUGCCCAUCCGACAUGCCCCCAUCUCCAAACAGGUCAGUGAGUGGUAAGAAGCUGUGCUCCAGUUGCGGCCACCCUCUGGGCAAAGGGGCAGCCAUGAUCAUUGAGACCCUCAGCCUUUACUUCCACAUCCAGUGCUUUAAGUGUGGGGUCUGUAAGGGGCAGCUGGGUGACACCACCACAGGGACAGACGUGAGGAUUCGGAACGGCCUCCUCAACUGCCACCAGUGCUACAUCCGAUCCCGCUCAGCCGGCCAGCCAACCACAUUGUGACGACAUUGGGAAAGCACAAGGAUUACGGAGAAAUUGUCUCCCUUCUCCCUUUUUCUCCAGUAAUCGACAUAUGCGUGGAAUGUGUCUUGUCUGUCAAGGCCUAUGUUGGGAUUUUUGCAAUAUCUGCAAUUCACAUCCCAUGACUUUAUUGAAAUGGGCCAAAAUAUUCCUGACCUUGGGAAAUUGUGUGUGCAUUGAAUAUUAGUGACUGAUCGUUGUAGUUGCCCUAUGGAUUAUAUUGACCCUGUAUGAUUACAGCUCAGAGGUUCUCAUUUCCUCGUUUCUAUAUGCACCCACAAGCCCUUGUGAAGAUGGCGGCCAUUUUGAUUCUGAGCUCUGAUACUGUAAAUUUGGUGUAGACAGUAUGACAGCCUCCAUCACUUCCAAACUGAAUAGGAAACUCCUGAAAAUACCAAUGCAAUGAAAUCCAACAAACUGAGUUUGGGACUUAGACUAAAUAUUUGUUAAUAAGAAAAACCUUUUCUUUGAAUCUCUUGUACGGAGGUUGUUAGAUAGGCCUUGUUAGUCUUUCGUUUGUAACUUCAGCUUUUCAUUUGUUCCUUUAAGAAGGUUGUCAAGAUUUCGAAUUAAAGUGUCAAGUAUUGUAAUAGAAGUGUAUUCCAUUUUGAUGACUUGAGGUCUUUAGGGGUUAUUUCUUGAUGGUCAGCAAAAGUCUUAGAAGAGCCAGAUUUUUUCCUCCUGAUUUAGAUUUUUGCUGAAAUCCCAAUUAAUCCAAACUCUGGUUUAAAUUCUGGGAGUAAAAUUGUUUUUCUGCCUUUCUUAUAUUUACAGGAAGCUCGAAAAUUGGCUGUUUAUCUUUUAUUUAUUCCCUAUUGCUUUAGUAGCCUACUGGAUUUAAAAAAAUAUACCGUGCUGUUACUAGGAUAUACAUUACCGUAACAUCGCACUUUGGCCUGAAAAGGUCAUCCUUUUCUCUCUUUCUUUGCUCGAAACAAAUAUCCGCUUACAAAGUUAGAUGUACUUGAUUUUAGAGCAAUAACAGGAACUGGUGCAUGUGAACUGGUUGCGCUUGUGGAGGUUAACAAUUGUCAUUAGUACGGAUGUAUGCUACUGUACUAAACCAUUCGGUUUCCUCUUAACCCAAUUCUCUUUAGGAAUUCCACGCUUGAAAUGUUAUAAAACAUGUGCCUUAGGUAAGCAGGUGAUUGCACACGCCAGGGAAGGGAACCCAAUUACGGUGUCCACUUAAGUAUGACUGGUAAGAAUGGGAGGUAUUUGUCCAUUUGAGUAUGAUUGGGUAGGUUAGGAGGUUUUUGUCGAAAUAGUGCUAAAACACAGAGGACACUGCACCAGGACUUAAAAUCGCCCACUCCAAUUUUUUGUUGUUGAUAUCCCCCUUUAUUUUUUGCUCAUGUCAUAGCCUACCAAACCUUCCAUUGUUUUCUCAUGAUUUCGUGAUUUGCGGUGAUAGUCUUUACAAUUUAAAACGGAAUUUAGAAUAUAUCUAAGACACACGGUGGAAAUAUUUCAUAUCAGCCAGUUGCAAGAACAAAAAUGCCAUUGUUUUUUAAUUGUGUUUCCGAAUGUUUUUAUUGUAUUAUAAUGAGUCUACAUGCCUCUCCCUGUUGACAGUGGUGACGAUGUUGGUAAAUGCUCAGCAAUAGAAUACCAUUUUCAACACAAAAAAAUAAUAAUCAUUAGGCCUACUUGUUGCAUUGUGAAAUUAUGGCUAAAAUGUUCUUACCAGCAGUUGCACGUGAGUAACAUUUGUUUGGAUAUAAACUAAAGACCAGUGCCAGCAGUUGGAGAAAUUAUACCAGUUGUGGAUAUAUGUUAAAAUGGACGUAGGCCUAUUCCAAAUCAUUUGCUAUGUCGAAAUAAAUCCAUAGCUUACUCUUAUAUCGGAUGUAUGAUCCAUUCUCAAAUGUAGCUUACAACUUUGCCCGUCUGGGUACAUUUUUCUGACAUACUGUAUUUUUAAGCUUCGGUUCUGAUUGUGUCUUUUUUACUUUUACUUAGGAAAUGAAUCAAUCCCGGCUAAUUCUGCAGGGGGGCAUCUUUGAGACAGAAAUAGCGAUAUUGUCUUAGCAGGAUGAAUAGCUUGGGAAUUAUAUUUUAUGUCUAAGUUCUGUAUUUAUUGUAAUAUUCACCUGAACACUAUCCGAAUAUAGAUACAUGUGAUGUUCAAAUGCAAUGGCUUUAUAGUAUACUGUAUGUUUAUAAAUAAAAUGUAACAAAAAAAUGGACUUGUGGGUGUCUGUAGUUAUGAU